AGGGUGCUUCGGGACAGCAUCACCACCAGCUACAAGGUGGGCUUGGCUGCUCUUGGCAUCGGCAUCAUGAUGAACAUUGGUGGCGUGGCCAGCCCUGGGUGGAUGUUAGUGGAUCGUACGCCACUCCUUUGGCUGAAGAACUCUUUGUCGUGGACCAUUGGGCUGUGGAAAUUUUGCAACAAUGGCAUCGACUGUGAGGACCUGCCGGAUGCCGUUAUAACGAGUAAACAAUUAAUUUAUUGGCAUAAAUUAUGACUAUAAUUUAUUGUAAACAGUAAAAUUUAUUAAAAUUAAUAAUCGAAUGUAUGUCAUAUCUUUAUUUAUCUCUAUCCUGUUACAUGUUACAUUAUCUACCCUGUUACAUGUUACAUAAUAUCUAUUAUCUUACAUGUUACAUUAUCUAUCAUGUUACAUGUUACAUUAUCUAUCCUGCUACAUGUUACAUUAUCUAUCCUGUGACAUGGUACAGUUUUCCAGCAGAUUGAUUGUAACUCACACAUCACGUUGGCACGAGUGGGUGGCAAAGACAAAAUACUGACCUUAACUUGAGGGCUGUGACGUCUAAACAUUCAGAUGAUACUCGACUUUAGUGAUUCAUAAUGUUCAAAAAAAGUCCCAGCAUCGCUUAAACUUUCCCUGGCCUUCCACCAAGCCCCACCCACCAAGCCUCACCAACCCAGCCCUGCCCACCAAACCCCGCCCACCAAGCCCCACCCACCAAGCCCCAUCCACCUAAACCCACCCACCAAGCCCCACCACCAAGUCCCACCCACCAGGCCCCACCCACCAAGCCCCACCCACCUAAACCCACCNCACCCAGCCCCUCCCACCAAGCCCCACCCCCCAACCCCCCCCCCCCAACCCCCACCACCAAGCCCCACCCACCAAGCCCCACCCACCAAGCCCCACCCACCUAAACCCACCCACCAAGCCCCACCACCAAGUCCCACCCACCAGGCCCCAUCCACCACCUUCUUCCUUAAGAACCGUUACCGCUCAAUUACCAUGGACUAAUUAAAUUUCUAAAGAAAACAAAAUUCUUGAGUUAUUUAAAUACACAUGUACAAUAAUUAUUGUAACGUUUUCAGAUGAUAAUUCAUAUUCUAGAACAGUGGUUCUUAACCUUUUUGGAGGUAGCGAACCCCACCAGUUUCAUAUGCGCAUUCACCGAACCCUUCUUAAUAGGAAAAAUAAAAUGUGAUUUUUUUUUCUGAUUUUUUUUGGACCUCCCCAGAACCCCUGAGACUCACUCACCGAACCCAUGGGGUUCGAUCGAACCCAGGUUAAGAACCACUGUUCUAGAAUUUAAAACAGAUGCUCUUAAAAUAUCUUAUCCUUUUUACCCACACUCUCCCCUUUAAACUUUCAUUUUUCAGUUAGCCUUAAGGUCUGCCGGGCGUUCUCCAUACUGGGCAUUUUAUUUAAUGGAUUCGCCUUCAUCUUGGGCGCCAUCUUCCUCGUGCUCCCCAUGAUUGACCGGUUCCCGAAUAAGGUAC